ACAACUUAGAGAAAAUAUUUACUACUUACAAAUUCUCUGCAGAGGAUGUGUACAAUAUGGAUGAAACUGGUCUAACAACAGUUCAUAAACCCCCUAAAGUUAUUGCUGAUCGGAAAACGAAACAAGUAGGGCAAGUCACAUCUGCAGAGCGUGGAAUUCUUACAACCAUGAUAGGUGUUGUUAAUGCUCUCGGAAACUACUUACCUUCAAUGCUCAUAUUCCCCAGAGUUAAUUUCAAGUCCCAUAUGCUAAAUGGAUCACCAACCGGUACAAUUGGAGCUGCUAACCCAUCUGGAUGGACUAGCCGAGAAAUAUUUGUCCAAUGGCUGAAUCAUUUCAUUGAACAUACACGAGCAAGUAAAGAUCGUCCCGUUCUGCUCAUCUUUGACAACCAUGAUAGCCAUAUUACGAUAGAGGCGAUUGAUUUGGCCAAGAAUAAUGGUGUUGUGUUGUUAACUUUCCCACCUCACUGCAGCCAUAAACUGCAACCUCUUGAUGUUUCAGUUUAUUCACCUUUAAAAAGGUAUUUCAAUGAAGCGUGUAAUGCCUGGCAACUCAGUCAUCCUGGACAAACUAUUACGAUCUAUAACAUGUCUGAGCUAUUAAAUUCUGCAUUUCCAAAAGCCUUUACACCUAGUAAUAUUAUGUCUGGAUUUCGCAGACCGGGUGUAUGGCCAUUCAACAAGGAUGCCUUUAAAGACGAUGAGUUUUUAGGCGCUUUUGUGACUGACAGACCAAACCCUGAUAUAACGUUAGAUGAUGAAACUACCACAGGGGAGUCCAGUGAUGAUCAUGUAAAUCUACCAUCAACAAGUACCGAUAAGUCAAAUGAAAUCAGAGCUGCUUUGACGCCAGAACAAAUACGUCCUUUUGUGAAAGCUGGACCUCGACGAAAAGUCACUAGGAAAAGGAAGACAACCAGUAUUUUAACAGAUACUCCUGUAAAAGAACAGUUGGAGAAAGAAGAAAGAGAAAGACAAUUAAAGAGGGCUAAAACAACAAAGCGUAACAUCGCAAAUGACAACGAUUCUAGUAGCGAAGAUGAUCUUGAGCUAGAAUUAGAUGACAAUAGUGACACAGACCCACCAAGUGAACCAGAAUUACCACCUGAUAUAACUGCCACUGACUUACAAGUUGGUUAUUAUGUAUUAGUUAAGUUCUGCAUGAAGAAAACUAAGAAAUAUUUUGCAGGAGUUAUUACCAGUUUGAAUGCAGAUGAGGCAGUUGUUACAUUUUAUAAAAAUGUAACAGUUUUGUGAACCCUAGCAUUGAAAAUAUAGCAACAGUGGAUGUUGAUGAUAUUGUAAUGAUUCUUCCACUACCCACUUCUACUGGUGGAACAGAAAGAACCUGCAAGAAGAUCAUGUUCGAUGUUGAUUUAUCGUCAUACUUUUGAAGUUGACUAUGUGAAGCCAUGUUAGAGACUAGUCAUUGUUCUACCAACCAAGUUUAUUUUUUUUGCAUGUGUUUGAAAUAAAUAGUUAUAGUUCAUUUUACAUGUUGUUAUAUCUGGUCCAAUGUGCCCCAUAGGGCGGUCCAAAGUACCCCGUAGUUGGGGUACAUUGGACCACUUUGGAUCAAUCUGGUUACAUUAAAUAUUUCAACAAGUGCACCAAAAUAAAUAUCCCGCAAUCAUUCCGAAGUGAAGCCGAUAUAUUGGUCUACAUCCCAAAGGAAUGAUG